AUGGCCAACUCACCUGGAGCAUCCCAGGAAGCUAGCAGAAGCUGUAGGGACAAUAUUAGCAAUCUUCCAGAUGAUUUAAUUCAUCUCAUUUUAUCAUUGCUCCCUACGAAACAGGCGAUGGCUACCUCCGUUCUGUCAAAAAGAUGGAUUUCACUUUGGACUGUAGUUUCUACCCUGGAUUUUGAGGAGCCAGAUAAUUGCAGAACCGAUGAAGAAGCUAAAAUGAAGUUCAGGCAGUUUGUUUGUAACGUUUUGGCGCAGAAAAAUUAUGGCUUCGUUGAAAAAUUUCGUCUCCAUUGCAAUUCAAGCUAUGGAGGGGACUUAGCGCAUAUACCCAGGAGCUUGUUCUGGGUGAAGACAUUAAAAAUUUUGAAACUGGGGGGUGAAAUUACGGUUGAUGUUCCAGGCCCGAAAUUGCGUAUAUACACAUGUAUUAGCCAGGAACAUGCGGUGAACUUCAAUAUUUCCAUACCUACUUUGAAGCGUUUGGCUUUGGGCAUACUUUAUGAUCUUGGUUUUGAUUUGGAACACAAAGUUGAGAUAAAUGCCCCAGCUCUGGAGUACCUCACUCACCAUGUCUUAGAGGUUAAGCCAAACGUCUUAGAUGCUGAGCGACGCAAAUAUUUUGUUGGAAAUUUUCCUUGCUUAAUUAAAGCAAGUGUUAUAGUUCCAUUUAGAUGUGGAAUCCAGCCUCUCAAAGCACUUUCCAAUGUCAAGUUUCUUGAAAUUAAGGAGUAUCGCUGUUUGAAGACAUUGGCACAGGAUUGUUUACCUAUGUUUUUGAAUUUAACCCAGUUGGAUCUAAUUGCUACUAACUGGGCUGUGGUAUUACUGUUCCUUCACACUUCUCGUAAGCUAGAAACUUUGACAGUUUUUGUUAAGGUAAUACUUAGCAGUGGGUGUAAAUGCAGUUGGACACAGCCAAAGCAUGUCCCUAUAUGUUUCUCAAGUCUAAGGACAGUUUGUGUUAAAGGAUUUGAAGGUUUGGAAGAUCAAAUGAAAAUGGUAGAGUAUGUUUUAAUGAAUGGUAGAGCGUUGAGGACAAUGGAAAUCCACACUAGUGAUAAAUUGUCUUCAGAUUCAAAGCUUUGUAUUUUCAAGACAAUAUCAAUGUUGCCAAGGGGCUCGGAGACUUGUCAGCUCUCUUUCAAUUGA